UAAAUAAAAAUAAAAUAUAUCUUUUAUUGAGAAACUAGAUAUAAUAAAAAUCCAUCGAUAUAAUAAUAACAAUAUAACAUAUAUACAACAGUCAAAUACCACUAUUAAUAUAAUGAUAACGGUAUUUAAUUAACGGUAUUCAAUAAUAUUCCUGAUGCAUAGUGCGCGCAUCAGGAACUUAUUAUUAUUAUUUGCUUUUAAUUAUGGUUGACCAUAAUAAGGAUAAUUCGGAACCAAUUUUAUACUCAUAGGGAUGAUUUUCGUACCUUCGAAGGUAAUUUCUAAUUAUCGUCAUACUGUAUGCCCAUGCGGAACGUGAAAGUUUCCAGCGCAAGCACGCAUCCACGUGACGCGCGUUCGGGCUGUCGGAUUAGGAAUACAUCUCCAUACAUUUGAGUACCCCUUCUCGAUGGAAAGUUGAGGUAGUUGAGGCGAAGUGGACAUGCCUUGAGACGUAACAUUAUUUUAAGCCGCCUUUUGAAAAAAGAUGCCUCGCGCGCAUUCAAAGGCAGCUCUUCCUUCUGUUUUUCUCGCAGUUACCUUACUUACUUGGUCGUGUUUCCAAUAUGCAUUUGCGCAUGCUGGGUUUCUUGGCGUCGUGGUCAUGCCUACUGCGAACUACGUGUCUGAAGGAAUUGCGUUGACAGUAUCGGGCUUCAACUUCAUCAAUCUAGGUGAACAUCGUGUGCUUGUUCAGGCCGAAACGGUGCCCCGAGAAUUUUACCAGGACGGCUUGGAUACAAUCGCAUGUUUGUUCGCUCAGUCCUCUCAUGGAAAACCCAUUUCAUCUGCAACAGUCAUCGGCGAACACUCCGUUGCCUGCGUGCUACCUUUGACGCUUAGGCCCGGCUUUGUAAGUGUGGGUGUCAGCACAAAUGGGAUCGACAGUUUCUUUCACUCGGAAGUGACUGUUAGUGUCAGAGCUCGACCCGAGCUGUAUCAUGUGAUUGGGUCUCGCAUACAGUCAGGCGGUGAUCACGCACAUGUCAUUGGCGAUGGUCUAGAGCCCAGACAAGCUCACUCGGCAUUGCCAGGACAUGCGCUCUUGUGUGGGUGGCACACACCAAUAGGCAUCAACUCCAGAAAUGAAAAAGUAUCUUUGGGAGCAGGUGGUACACCCGGUGUUUUUGUAUCCUCAGCCGUGCGCGUGUGCGAGAUUCCGGCAGUGUUCGGUCACACUGUCAAGCUCUUUGCAGCAGCAGAACCGGGCACUUCCAGCGAAGACGUCCUGGCUACCAAAGAAGACUAUACAACUAGCCACGGACCUGCUAUUUUGUCCUCUGACCCCCCUAUCAUAGUUGCGGUGCGGCCUUGGCAAACAAACUCAGGCGGCGGAAGUUCGCUUUCGAUUGACAGCGUGAGAUAUUGCGAUGACGUUAGUUCUCUCGAGCGACUCAGUUUCAAGCCACUUCUUCGAUUUGGAACAGCUUGGGUCGAUAUCAGCCCUCAUUCCCCCCCGACGAGUGAACAAAUCCAGAUAUGGCGCUCCGUCUCUCCAGCAUACAAACCCACAGACACUGAAGGAGCGCCAUUAGCCAUAGUUUCCACGCACUAUACAUCUAAAGCACGCAACCCCUGUUGGCAACGUUCCUUUGAAAUUGAAACAGGUCUUUCCGCUCACUAUCCGCUUCCACUCUGUGUUGUAGUUAACGCAGCGGAUUCUGCUUUGAUCACAUGGAUACGAGGAGAACAGUUUCGACCCUUAUCAAUAGAGGAGGUAGCAAGUUAUUUAGUUAUAGGUAUUGGUGAACCGAUUGGAACCGAGUUUCACUUCUCCUCGCAAGCGAGGGCGCAGUCGUACCAUGAUGUAUUGGGAGUCGCGCCGUCCACCGGUGCCGAGGGUGGUGGAGGUAUAGUUUGGGUUUCCAGACCAUUUUCCCAGCUCGAAGCUUCUCGCAAGCCUGCGCAUCAUCAAGGUCAAAUGACUUGCACCUUUGGUUUGACAGAAGUUAGCUUGGUGUUCAUUUCAUCUGCCCUUAUGGCCUGCGAGGCACCAACAUAUAGUUCAACGCGUUUUCCGAGGACAGUCCCCGUGAAUAUUGGAUUUGAUUACAUGCCAGCACUGGAGAGUAUUGGAACAUACACGUAUCUGCAGCACAUUUUUGUUUCUGAACCAGAACCGGAUGCAGGGCCCAGCGCAGGUGGAACUAAGAUUACAGUGACGACAUCCAAGGCCGAGCCACUUGCAGCACUCCUUGUGCCGAUAUGCCGAUUCGGGAAUAUUGUUGUUGUCGGUUCAUUCUCAGAUAUCGGUGGUGUUGUGGCUUGUAUCACACCGGCCGCGAGCUCGUCAUCUAUAAGUUUUUUUAUGGAUGAUAACAAAGGGGCCUGUGCGCCAUCAGGAUCCAUAUUUACUGAUCAUCGAUCUAGAAAUUAUCACUACGAUUAUUUCCACGAACAUGAGUAAGUGGCGCCGUAUAGGAGGCAGUUUGCAGCGUAAGGCGAUCAUUUUUCGAGCUCUGAAACUCGUGUCUCGAGCAAGAUCAUUCGCUUUACAAGAUGGCCUAACCGCUCCCUUUGCCCAGCACCGACGCUCCCUUUCACAGCAGCAUACUCACUUUUAGUGGGAGGCCGUGCAUUUGAGGUUUUUAACGUCGCAAAAAUCGUUGAUUCGACCUGCCCAUCGAACAUCUCGUGCAGAGGCUGCUGAUGGAAGCUCAUCCCCAGAUGCAACAACACGGAGUGCAGGCGGUUCUGGUCGAAUAAAUACCAGUAAGCAAUGAGGGCUUCAAGGGCUGAAGCUUCCUUGUGUUGAACUUUAUUAUGACGCGAACGACAUUCAUGUC